GCUUUUCUCUCCUUCUCCAAGAUGGCGGCGGUCGGCGGCGCUGAGGCGGGAUCCGGGCGAGCCGAGUGAAGACCUGGUCCUGUAGACGGGAAGGAGCCUGGACACAGUGACACAUUCACAAAGGCCCUGCAGGACCGCCAUGGCUUAUGAUGACUCCGUGAAGAAAGAAGAUUGCUUUGAUGGUGAUCACAGCUCUGAGGAUACAGGACUAGCCGCUGGCCGAAGCCAACGAGAAAAGAAACGUUCUUACAAAGAUUUUUUAAGGGAAGAGGAAGAAAUCGCUGCUCAGGUCAGAAAUUCUUCCAAGAAGAAGUUAAAGGAUAGUGAGCUUUAUUUCUUGGGGACGGACACGCACAAGAAGAAGAGGAAGCACUCCUCUGAUGAUUACUACUAUGGAGGACAGUGGUUCUUGUUCUGAGUGCCGAUAAACCAGUGUGAAGGAGGAGAGAGGUGGAGGGCUGGUAUUUUGGAGGAUUCAGCAUAGAAGAACAGUCUUCAUUUGUGAUACACCAGACCUUUCGUCUUUGGAAUCGUCACAGAAGAAAAAGAAAAAGUCCGGCCCGCAGUCUACCGAUACAGCCAUGGACCUGUUGAAAGCCAUCACUUCCCCAUUGGCCACAGGCUCCAAGCCCUCCAAAAAGACAGGGGAGAAAUCCUCUAGUUCUUCAAGUCAUUCAGAGAGUAAAAAGGAACACCACAGGAAGAAAGUAAGCGGAAGCAGUGGGGAGCUGUCCCUGGAGGAUGGUGGUUCCCACAAAUCAAAAAAAAUGAAACCGCUCUAUGUGAAUACAGAGACACUGACCCUCCGCGAGCCUGAUGGCUUAAAGAUGAAACUGAUUCUCUCACCAAAGGAGAAGGGAAGCAGCUCGGUUGAUGAGGAGCCUUUUCAGUACCCCUCUCAGCAAGCGACUGUGAAAAAAUCCUCUAAGAAAUCAGCUCGGGAUGAGCAAGGUGCUUUAUUCCUAGGUCACGAGUUACAGAGCUUUCUGAAAACAGCCCGGAAGAAGCACAAGUCCUCCUCAGACCCACAUUCCUCUCCCGGCCCCGAAGCCUGUGGGGCAGAUGGCUCCCAGUUCCCAGAAUCCCACAGUGCUAACCUUGAUCUUUCAGGACUUGAACCUAUUCUAGUUGAAUCGGACUCGUCCUCUGGUGGGGAGCUAGAGGCUGGGGAGUUAGUCAUCGACGACUCUUACCGGGAAGUCAAGAAGAAAAAGAAGUCCAAGAAGAGCAAAAAGAAGAAGGACAAGGAGAAGCAUAAAGAGAAGCGGCACUCCAAGUCCAAGAGAAGUUCAGGCCUUGCAGCUGCCACCGUGGGAGAGGUCGCGGUGGCACCUGGCCCUCCUCCCAGUGUCCCCCACACUGGAGCUGCUGCCCCUGCCCAGCCACUGCCCAGCCUCCAUACAGACGGGCAUAGUGAGAAAAAAAAGAAAAAAGAGGAGAAAGACAGAGAAAGAGACAGAGGAGAAAAGCCAAAAAAGAAGAACAUGUCAGCCUACCAGGUGUUCUGUAAAGAGUAUCGCGUAACCAUCGUGGCUGACCAUCCAGGUAUAGAUUUUGGGGAACUUAGUAAAAAACUGGCUGAGGUGUGGAAGCAAUUGCCAGAAAAGGACAAACUGAUUUGGAAGCAAAAAGCUCAGUAUCUGCAACACAAACAGAACAAAGCAGAAGCUACAACUGUGAAAAGAAAAGCAUCCUGCUCAGAAGUUCCCGUGAAAGUGAAAGCUUCCUCUGCAGGAGUACUGUCACCCCAAAAGAAAUCCCCGCCCACUACCUUGCUGUUGCCGUCCUCUCCAGCCAAAGCCCCUGAGACAGAGCCCAUUGAUGUCGCUGCUCAUCUACAGCUGCUGGGAGAGUCCCUAAGCCUCAUCGGACACCGCCUGCAGGAAACUGAGGGCAUGGUGGCCGUGUCCGGCAGCUUGUCAGUGCUUCUGGAUUCCAUUAUCUGUGCGCUUGGCCCCUUGGCCUGUCUGACCACACAACUACCUGAACUGAACGGCUGUCCCAAGCAGGUCUUGUCAAACACACUAGACAACAUUGCUUACAUCAUGCCUGGACUGUGACAGCAAGGAGUCCCGGGACAGAGACCUUAUCCUCCCCCAUUGCUGGUUUGUGUAUAUAUGACUGAUCCAGAUCCCUUCACUGGCCUCCAGGUGUAGGUUUUAAAUUUUUAUAUAUAUA